AUGGGAAUGAGACGACCGUUCGAUCCUGUUGCUCACGAGUUGGAUCCAAAUUUCCGACUUACGAAAUUUAGUAUUGGUAUGGAUUGUUCGGUGACACCAUUAAGACAUGGAGGUUUGUCUUUGGUCCAAACAACAGAUUUCUUCUACCCGCUGGUAGAUGAUCCUUACAUGAUGGGAAAGAUAACUUGUGCUAAUGUUCUGAGUGAUCUGUAUGCUAUGGGAGUGACAGAUUGUGAUAAUAUGCUGAUGUUACUGGGAGUCAGUAACAAGUUAUCAGUUAAAGAAAGAGAUGUCAUUGUUCCUAUGCUGAUGAGAGGAUUCAAGGAUUGUGCUGCAGAAGGUGGAUCCAGUGUUACAGGAGGUCAAACUGUACUGAACCCAUGGAUGACAAUAGGAGGUGUGGCUACAACUGUCUGUCAACCUAAUGAAUUCAUCAUGCCUGAUAAUGCAGUUAUGGGAGAUGUAUUAGUGCUGACUAAACCACUGGGUACCCAGGUAGCAGUGAAUGCCUAUACAUGGCUAGAUCAACCAGAGAGAUGGAAUCGUAUUAAACUGGUAGUAAGUGAAGAUGAUGUGAGGAAGGCGUAUCAGAGAGCUAUGUUUAGUAUGGCUAGAUUAAAUAGAACAGCCUCCCGAUUAAUGCAUAAAUAUAAUGGUCAUGGUGCAACUGAUGUAACAGGAUUUGGUUUAUUGGGUCAUGCUAACAAUUUGGCCAAAAUCCAGAAAAAUGAAGUAGGAUUUGUGAUUCACAAUUUACCAGUUAUAGCUAAAAUGGCGUCCAUCAGUAAGGCAUGUGGUAAUAUGUUUGGUUUAUUACAAGGACAAUCUGCUGAAACUUCAGGUGGUUUGUUGAUCUGCUUGCCGAGAGAACAAGCUGCUGCAUUUUGUAAGGAUAUUGAGAAACAGGAGGGCUAUCAGUCAUGGAUUAUUGGUAUUGUGGAGAAAGGCAAUAGAACGGCUAGAAUCAUUGAUAAACCUAGAGUUAUUGAAGUACCAGCUAAAGACAGAGAUGGCGAAUUAUGGUAGUGCUAAAUAUAUCAUCCAAUCAUAAUCCCUUGAACUUCUUAAUCAACCAAUCAUCUAUCUGUUAUACCAAUUGUAUUCACCAAUCAAAAUCCAGCCAAUGAAUUUGAAUGUGAAAACCUAAGCAAAAGUUGAAAUAGCAAAACUUAAAAGAUAUUUAUGUUCUUGCUUAUAAAUUUUAAUUUUUUUUUGAAUAUGGAAUUUUGAUAUUUUUUAGCUAUUGAAUUAUUCAAAACCAUAAGAUUUUUUGCAUUUAUUGUCCUGUCACAGUGUUACGUUAUUUUUUUUAUGUUUUUUCAUAUAUUUUUUUAAUUAUUUUAAUUGUCUGUGAAGUUACAAGAAAUCAUUCCUCUUAUUAUCAUUAAAUGUAGCAUUCGUGGAGAAAUAUUUUCAAUGUAAGUCAACUAUUGGAUUAUUUUUCAUAAGAAAGACUAUAUCAUUGAAUUAAAUAGAUAUAAAAAAAAAUCAAUCGAAAAAUAAUUAAAUACGAUUCAUUUUGGCAAUAUUUGGUUUGAGCAAGACCCUGAGCAAGUCUUUGUGUUCACCCUUCUAGGGCCUCUCAAGAAUUUUUAGUUGCUCUCUUGGAAUUUCUUUCUAUGAAGUUUUUCCAUAAAAGACGCAAGUUGGGAGGAAAAGUGGAUCUUGAAGAAUAUUUAAAGAGGCAACUGAAAAUUCUGACUAGUUUCAAUCAUUUCAUUUAUUUUUCAUUAAUCAAUCGUGUCAAAUUUAGAAUAAAUUUUCAAAAUCUGA